AUGGAUAUACAUCUACAGCCCACUGCUCCAGUUUAUCUGUACACGCCUCAGUUGGGUCGUGUACUACAGGUUAUACCACCACCUAAUGCCCAACACCCUUUCGUUGAUUUCAAUGGCCCAGAACGUUUUAUCCUCGGUGCUUAUCUGGCCUACUGUCAGGUCUCUCCGAUAUAUUGUCCAGAUUAUGUGUUGGUCAACAGUUUAGAUGGUGUUCUACCCGUAGUCGGCACACUCGCUAUUCCUCACCAUGAUGAAACACUGUUUCAUACAGUAUACAAAAAGCAGUUUGGUGACAGUGAUUUCCUUCGGGCUAUUGACGCCCAGUUUUGCCGGCCAAACGGGGCAGGCAUGAUCAUUCCAGUGUGGCAAUUUUCCAGUACCAUCGAGAAUAGACUGUCAGAUAUGCAUAAGGUAGUCCGGGGAUGCAUCAGACUCGACGACUUCUCUGGUGGUGGUACGGUUCAAGAACAGGAGGCGAGGAUCAAAGCAUUAUUUGAUUCUUUUAACCCAAGUGACCAACAGGAUAUCGAACAAGCUAUUGCUGAACUUGUGGAACUGCAUAUGUUCAGGGAACUCAUGUGGAUGGCAACGUUCCAAACUGUGAUCAGCUUGGCUGAGGGUACCCGCGAUGGCAGGGUCGCUGACCUUUUUCCUCAAGAAGUUCGAGGGGAGAACUUGGCAUUAGCAAAAUGUUUUGCUGCGACUUUGCUAACCAUAAUUUACCAUACGUUUCAUCUUGGGCAACCCCUGAAGACCCGUGGCCGCAAACCGGGUGCUGUGUAUUGUAUCAUCCUAACUGCCAUUACGCAUAUGUAUGCGAACCUGAAGCAGUAUCCCACAUUUAUGAAGACAAUGGUUGGGUUGACAUUCCUAAGGGCUCCGAAUGUGUUGCCCAUGGACCCCAAGAUCCAAGCCCCUAAAGUGUCCGCGUAUGAGAAACGAGCAAGAACUGUAGCAGAUUGUAGUCCCAUCAAGCAGGUGGAGGUCAAUUUACCUGAUCUUCCCUAUGCAGAGUUCACAUCCAUCCGUUAUGCGAGGACGACGGAGAUAGUCGACAAUAGAUGCUUCCUCUGA